AUGGCGACCUACAAACAGAAAUCUCACAUAAUACGCACACGACCUUCUCCCUCAAGCGACUCUGAAGAGUCUAGUUCAGAAGAAUGGGUAGUGUUUAAUGACAAUAAAUCGAGAAACUCGGCUUACAGGGCUUCGGCUCCUGUUACUCGCGCAACUACAAUACCAUUAUACAACACAACAAGCAGUGACGAUGAAUGGCACGUGUUGAGCGAUAGUACGAGCCCGGUAGACGAGAGUAAUCCUACACUGGAUGCAUAUUCUGAUAGCAACGGUGGACUUAGUGGUUUCGAGUCGGAAAUAGACGUUGUGCACGACGAGUCAGAGUUCUACACAGAGUCUUCAGGUGCAGAAGAUGUGGUUUGCAGUUUUCACGGACAGCUGCCUUUACACGAUGGAGCUGGAAAUUUUUGCGAUACUAUUGAAGAGUAUGGCGACGGAAUGGAUAGUCACAUAGUGUAUAGUAAUGAAGGAAACUCUUCGAUAAUCACAGAAACGGAAUCAGACAUAUCCAAUCUGGAGCACACGGCAGUUGAUUCUACCCAGACUCACACACAACGAUCCUCCUCCACAUCACAUGCUGCAUCUGCAAACACGGAUAAUCGCAACGCCAACAAAACAAGGAAGCGAGAUUCGUGGAAAUACUUGUUAAAGAAUGUAUUCAAGUUGGAGGAUCCGGUCAAAUCGAGUAGCAAUUCACAAGGAGAAAGUGGUCGCGACGAUUUGGAAAAGGUGAAGUUUGGUGAAGGGAAACGGACAAAUUCGACUUACAUACCUGAUUCAUCAGACAGUGUAAAUAGUCGAAUAUUCUCUUCUGGGCGACCUAAUAAUGAUCGAUCGAACUCAUCUGGCAGUCGUGGGACUCCGGAAAGGCGAACACCAAUAUUUAACAGAUUUGGUGAUUUAAGUACGUUAUCGAGGGAUUCCAAUAUACAGAACGAGAAUGCUGUUGAUUCUGCGGUUGGAAGUGAGAACGGCUUUCAAAACCAAGACGAUGCAUCAUCAAUUCUCUCAACUGUAUGGUCCACAGUUCGCCGCCUCACCUCUAGCAUAAUCACUCCCGAGUCAGACAUUGACUUUACUAAUACGGGCUCAUUCGCCACGCCAUCAUCAUCUUCCGCUACAUCCACGUAUCCUCACUUUACUGCGAGUGGCCUAGCGUCGAUAGUGAGCGGAACAGGAGAAAACCAAUACACUUACGAUGGGUGUUAUUUGCCUUUUGGUAAUCAUUUGACUUUGUCAGAAUUAGGCGGCCUUUCAAGGAACGAUCGGGAUGAAAUGAUAAGGAGGACCGAGGGUGUUAGAUAUGGAGGAUAUGGGGGAUAUAGGGGAGCAGUACGUACUCCGGCCAACACUGCGGUGGGAAGGAGUAAAAAACGAAGUUUAGUUGACAAAAGCGAGACUUGUACCAAAAGACUGCUCACACCCGUUUCCAGUUCGACCAGUUUGGCGAGUUUUAGUACUUGGCAGCGCAAAAGGAUAGAAAGUGUUUAA